AUGUCCAUGACCCAAAACAUUGUGCGGCGCAUCUUCGGCGACCGCAAGCUGCCAGAAAGCUUGUCGAAUGAGGAGUACGACAAGUACAUGCAGGACAACUUCCCGAAGUGGAUGAAGGAGUUCGAGGACGGCGGCUUCCUCGAGAAAACGAAGCUGCCUCCCAUCAAGAGUGAGGAAGAGUUCAUUGCAAAGCUGCAGGAACACAAGGACGAGUUGAUGGUGAUCAAGUACUGGAAGCACGGGUGCAUCCCUUGUCUAACAUUCGCGGAGAUGUACAAGGAGGCGGCUGAGAGGUGCACCAAGGAGAAAAAAAAGAUUGUGUGGUACAGCGUGGAUACCAAAGCGCUGAGCACGCGGCAGCUCAUCGACUACCAGCUCAUCUCCGGCACUCCCACCAUCCAAACCUUCACGGGGCAGAAGCAGGUGGGAAACGAAAUCAGGGCCGUGAACACGGAGGAGUUGCUGACAGAGCUUGACAAGCGUGUCCCAAAGUCGCCAUCGUGA